CGCACGCCCCCGCAGGGAGUAUAGUGGUCGGGAGCGCGCUUGUACCGCCUGUGAGAAGAGACCGGGAGAAGUAGAGAACGGAAACGCUCACUUUUACAGACAGAUAAACUGAAAGUAGCGCAAGGAAACAUAAAAUCAGAUCAGCGACACAAGCGAGAGUGUGUGCAGUCGCGCCAGAGUGGAUUUGCGAGGAAAUAACCCGGAUUGAACAUGUCUAUUCCGAACUACACAGGAGUUUAUCACUGGGUCUCUCAAGAAAACUUUGAAGCCUAUCUGGCCGCGUUAGAUAUAAACAUAGCAUUAAGGAAAGUGGUGUGUAUGCUGAAACCCAGUAAACACAUCGAACACGAUGUUAAUUCCGGAGCAAUGAAGAUUAAAACUGCCACAACGUUUAAGAACUUUGACAUGGCCUUCACUCUGGGAGAAGAGUUCACUGAGGACUUGGGGCCUGUGGAUGGCAGGAAGUGCCAGACCACAGUGGACUGGGAUGGUGAUAAACUGGUUUGUGUUCAGCGAGGUGAGAAAGAAGGACGAGGAUGGACACACUGGCUCGAGGGAAACUUACUUCACCUGGAGCUGCGUGUGAAUGAUGUGGUCGCUAAGCAGGUCUUUAAGAAAGCAGAAUGAGGAUGGUUGCUGGGGACAAGCACUGCUGGGAAGCCAUGAUAGAUGAGCAGCCAAUCAGCAAACAGCAGAACUAGUUUUAUAAUCCACAAGUUAUUUUAAUGAUUUGAAUUAAACUGAUUGAUUUAGCGUUAACGAACAUGGAGCAGGACGCUCUCAACACUCUCUGUGUGGAGAAAUCCGUUGGUGACAUGAGUGUUUACAUCAUCUUUUUCUUGCCUCUGUAUCUGUCCUGCUAUGCUAACAGGCUAACACUAACACUAAGGAAAAAAACUCCAUUGUGGGUUAAAAGUCUCACUGCACUGGGAACACGUGAUUACGAAUUUUCAAUUUGUCCACAGGAGGGCAGCAGAGUGCUGUGGGAUUGCUAUUAUGUUACACUACAGCUUUGUGAUCUAUUUACAUUCAAAAUUAUAAGUUCCCAAUGUAUGGGUUAAUGAUUUUUCCCGCACAUUAGAUCAGGAUGUCAAUGUACUUAUUAUUGUCGUGAAAUAAUAAAUGUACGCGAUUACCAUGUCUA